ACUAUUUCCUUUACGUUCUAAAAAUAACUAGUUAUCGUUACAAGUUAUUGACUUUAAAAAGUAACUAGCUACAAAUAUUGUUACUUAAAAAAUAACGAGAAGUUACUCUUCAAUUACUUUUUUAUUUUUUUUUUGUAAUGUUUUAAAGCAUUGCUAAUUAAAAUACAGAAUUCUUAUAUUUCUAACAUUAAUCAACCAUUUUAUUUUUAUUGGAACAUGUUGUCAAAUUUAGAGAUGCUAUUGUUUGAAAUUCAGUGAAGAACAAAGAUAAAAUUACUUCUGUGUCGAUUUUUGUGUCAUUUAUAGAAAAACAUUUUACGUAAAGAGGCAUUUUUAAUUGUGUAAGAUGCAUAUAACAUAUCUAUAUUAAUUAUAAGUACACAUAAAAAGUAUAUGAACUGGGUUCUAAAUUUGAAUUUCUCUCAAAAAUAUGACUAGAUAUAGAACGUAGAUCCAAAGGCAUUCUGAGUAACAUAGAUAUCAUAAAGAUCAUUAAAGAAAAAGAUAAGUUUACAUUUACGUAUUAUACAAUUUUCUUAAAAAAAAAAAAUGAAAAUAAUGUAGCACGCAGUGAUAGGCAAUAUACAAUAAAGUAUAUACUCUAAAUCCAAGUGUGUAAUUUUUACACACUUAAGUGUGUAAUGCGAUUAUUACUAGAAUACCAUACGUAUUUAAAUUCAUUACUGAAAAUGACUUAAUAUAUGACCAAAAUGUUUGUAAUUUGUAAAUUAUUAAAGUUAUUUAUUUUUAAAGACUAGACCAAAUAAUGAAUGUAAUUCUCAAUUUUGAAAAAAAGAUUCGCAGCAUUCUGUUAAGCAUCCCAUGCAAAGUGGACUUUAUGGAUCUGUUCCAAAUUUUAGAACGAAUGUACCUCCUUACGAAAACGAUGCGCUAUUAGAGUACUUCGUUUUCUAUAAAUAAUUACGAUCGAUACUCCGAUGCUACUCCAGUUUAUCAAAAAAUACUGUCAUCUACUCAAAACAGUUGGACGGAUGUCUCAUCCAUAUAAAAACAAGCAAUACUCAAUCUCCUUUUAGCAAAGAUCGAUUUUAUACUUUACUUCUAUCUUCUCAAAAACCAACAAAUCAGCCGAUUUAUCAGAAAGAUAAUCACUCAAAAUUAUCUUCAAAAACGUCAGUCGACGAACUCCCUGUUGCUAUAAAUUCAUACAAAAAUGAUUCUUAUAAAAGUUCCACAAAACUAUCCAGUUUAAAUGAUCAAUUAUUAUCGAGCACUCCGUAUUGGCCAAAAACUUUGACGAUUGGUCAAACAUAUAAACAAGAGGAAAAUUUUAAUUCUAAACCAACAAAGGUAAGGUACAAAGCGUUACUAUCGUCAGCGAAACAAUCGGAACGGUCCACCAUCCUGGUCAUUCCGGAUAUAUAUCUCAACACAAAGUUACUAGCAAAAUUCCAAGAUCGUUGGCACAACAGAUAGAGAGCAAUGCACCAAUUACCAAGAAAGCUAGACAGUAUUACUACGAGAGGAAUGUGUUGCAUCGAUACAGUCGAGCAAAUUCCUAAAAAUAAUCUCUACUUGGAGAAACGUGAGGGAACAUUCGUUCAGGAUCAAGAAACGAAAUCUGAGAAGAUUGCAAUAAAAGAAUCGGUUAUUGAUAAUCCUGCAAAUUCUAAAGUGAAUCAAAGCGACAAAGGUGAAUUGACACCUACGCCGCCUGUUAUCACUGAUCAGGAGAAUAAUCGCAAAGGUGACGUAGUGGACGACCUCCAACAGACUUCAACAGCUUUCUCGGCAGACAUCGAAAGUGUUGCACCGACUGACGUUUCUAACACAGAAUGACUCAUUGGAUGAAUUUGCAAGAAGAUCUGAAUUUAUUGUCAAUGUUGAAAAUAUCUACAGUUCCAUCCGAUGAAUCCGCGAGUACCAAGGAAUUACCUAAGCCUAUUAAAUCGCAAAGUCAAGCUACUUAAAGUUCUACGCUUCUUAAUUCAUCCUCAGUACUUUCGAUUCUCGAAUGAAAUGGAAACGAUUUCAGAAUUACUUUACUUAUUAUUGAAUAUCGUCUAAUUCGUUUACAAUUUUGAAAAAGUACAUCAAUUUUAAUCCAACAGUAUACAUAUACACAUAUAUAAAUUACAAAAUAUUUAUUUUAUAUUUUAGGUUUUAUUCUUAUUUAGUAAAUAUAUAUUAUCACAUUUAAUAAAGUAUUUAUAUCUUUACGUGCUAAUGUUUCAAAGUACUUAUUUGCAAGCUUUUAUGUGUAAAAUAUCAUCAUAAUUUUAUUAUGACACUUUUAAAUUAUCUUAAAUGAACAACUCUGAAUAUUUAUAAAUAAUUGACUUUGCUUUACUGAUAAUAUAUCUAAUUUAAGAAAAUCAGUCAUAUAAAUAUAUAAAAAUAGUAUAAAAGAAUUAAAAUCAUGCAUCAAAUACGUGUAUAUACAUAUAUAAUAUGUAGUGCUGUACUUAUAAUUGUGCAUUAGUGAUUAUUCACUAUUUUUCAGUGAGUCUGAUUAAAAAAAAGGUACUCUCAUUGAAAAUACCGAAUGUCAUGUGAAAAACAAUAUAUUGCAUUACUGAAUAAAAUAGUUACAAAUAUAUCAUUGAAAACAGACUAUUCACUGUCUUUCAGUAGUAAAUAAUACACUGAUUCCAAUUUAGAAAGUAUAUCUUCUACUUUAGUUAAUUGUAUGUCAAGUAGUAGAUUGUCAAAUUAAUUUACUCACCAAUUGUUGUUGCUGCUGAUGCUAUUGCAUUCCCU